CGGAAGGUGGUGCAUCUCUAGUGGGAGCAGGUUCUUCCGGGGUUAGCAUUGUGCAGACUCUUGUCCAGCUAAUUAUCGUAACUUGUAACUAAUUGAUUGCCCAUCUUGCCAGACGAUGAAGGUCGUGAAGCUGCUGCUGCUGGUCAGCGCCCUGGCGGCGUGCUUGCUGUGCGCGGAGGCGGCGAGAAGCCAUCGCAGCUCACAGAACAGUUUUCGGAGGGCGGCGAACUGGGUGUACCAAGCCCUAAGCAACAUCUUCGGAGAGGACAAUAUCCGCGCUGUGCAUAAGUUCUUCUCGAAGACCACGGAGCGGUUUGUGCACAGUGUAGACGUGCUGCUGGACACCGUCUGGAGAAUCUGGUCUGACCUCCUGGACGUCUUGGGGAUCGACUCGUCCAACCUGAGCCACUACUUCAGCCCCGCCUCGGUGGCCAGCUCUCCAGCCAGGGCUCUCCUCCUGGUGGCCGCGGUCCUGCUCGCCUACUGGUUCCUGUCCCUCUUCCUGGGCGGCUUCUUCUACCUCCUCCACGUGGCCUUCGGCCGUUUCUUCUGGCUGGUGCGCGUGGCUCUCUUCGCCCUGUCCUGCCUCUACAUCCUGCAGAAGUUCGAGGGGGACCCUGAGCGGGCCGUGCUGCCGCUCUGCUUCAUCAUGGCCAUCUACUUCAUGACCGGACCCAUGGGCUCAUACUGGAGGAAGGGGGGCAGCACCCUGGAGGACAAGAUCGACCACCUGGACAGCCAGAUCCGCCUGCUCAGCAUCCGGCUGAGCAGGGUCAUCGAGAGCCUGGACCGCUCCAGCGAGCAGUAAUGAGGGAGAGGGACAGGGGUCUCUGCUCCCUCCAGCACCAGCAAGACAAGGGAGUUGGACCCCCGGCCAGAAGCAAAGCCGUGCAGUAUUAGUAGUAAUAUUAUUAUAAUGAUGAUUAAUACUUAUUGUUAAAGACCACAUGUGCAUGAUUCAUAAAGGAUAUAGAAUUUAAAUGGUUAGGUACAGUAAUGUGAAAAAACAGCCUCUUUCUUGCGGUAGUAUUUCUGUAUUGCUUGCACACUUUUCUGAUGUUGGAUUUUCUAUAGACUCCACGCACACUUGCGCGCACAAAAACUGAGCCCACCAGUCGUUCCAGCAAAAUAGCACCUGUGCUGGGUUUAGAGACAGAACCUGUCCAUAGAAAUAUCCGCUUCCCUUGUUUCUGACACUAGAACUGGAAGAUUAAUUGCACAUGUCUGAGUUUGGUAUUAAAAGGCACAAUGUUUUGUAAUAGAGGGAUGGUAAAAAAGGCUCCCCUUGUAUUGAAAUGUGAGCUGUUCCAGGUUUUACGAUGAGCUUAUUGAAACUCUUCGCUCUUGGAAUACAUGGAAAGGCACAGAUGGCUAUGCAAGUGGGAGUCUUAUUUUCUGUGCCAGUAUUACAAUGCAGUUGAAUGCUGUUCUCGCUUAGUUGUGUAGGUCCUUGUCUACUUAGCUACCGAGCCUGAAACUGGCACACUAGUGUCUAGAGCCUUCACACCAGCAUCUGCCUGCCGUUUGUUAGUUGUAUUGAAGCAUUUCUGGCAAGUCAAACAAGAGAGUCCUAGAUAGUGUCUUUUUAUUUUAGGAACAUCGUGUCAUGUGGUCUUUUUAAAUAGUUUGUACUUGUUUUAAAUGUAAAAGAAAAGAAUUUUGGGGGACGCUGUCCCCACAACACAUUUCUAGUGGGGGGGGGGGGGGGGGGUCUUUAUGAUGUCAUUGGAGAAUUGUUUCACCCUGGAUUAGGUCAAAAUGGAACUUUGUGAAGCCAGAUGCAAUGUAGCUGAAAAUAACCUUGCCUUCUGUUCACAGAGCAUUGGUUUUACAGUGUAGGCCUGCUCUCCAGCAGACAUCAGUUGAAGGAGCGGUGGGCUCACACAUCGCAUUAUCAAACCCAUACAUCUCCCAGUGACUAAACUGGAAUCCUCCAAUUAUUUUAAGCUUGACACGUAAAGUGGAUUCCUAACGCUGUAGUCUUAAAUAUUAUUUAUUGUGACCAAUGUGGAAGUUACUGAGAAACGCCAGUCUAAACUGGACUGUCAGUGUCCCAGCAGAGCACUGUCUCGAAUCAGGAAGAGAUAUCUCUUUGGGAAGGGAUCUUGCAGUCAUGUUGGAAGACAGCAGUUGAUCUCAGGGAGAAAAAAAAAUACAAACCACAGCAUAUGUUAUUAUCACUUAACCCUAAAUAGAUUGCACUCUAUUGGGGACGGGACGGGGACGGGGGGGCGGACAAUAUAUCUUUAGGGUUCCAUGCAUGUUAGUAUAGGACAUUGCCUUCCAACAUGAUGCCCGAGUCCCUUACAAGAGCGGAUGUGUAUCUCAGAGUUGGGCUGUUUGUUCUGCGAUGGUUUAAGUUUAAAAUGAGAGGCGAGUGGUCUGUAAUUUGAUGACCCUGUUGCAUCUACUGUAUUCUGUUAUUUGGGCAGCUAUGUUUUGUUCCUUGUGCAGAUAAGACAAGUAAAAGCAGAGCAAAGCGUAAUAAAGCACAGUGAAACCAUGGAAAAGCAUAGGGAGGCAUUGUGAAGACCAGCAAGGUAUGGUAAAAAUAUUAAGAAAUGUGUCAAGUCAGGGUAAGCUGUGGUAAAUGCAUGGCGUAGUCAUGGGAGAGAACUGCAGACUUGCUGUGAUGAACUUUGACACACCGGAGUGGAAGGAGCACAGUCACCAGCCUGACUCUCACCCCUUAGGGGUGUAGGAAUUGGAUCACGUGCAGAGAUUCAAAAUUCAGAUUCCUCAGCGUAGACGGAAUUCCGCGCUACGUUGGAAAAGCGCACUUGCAAGGGAACCCUAGGUAAGAUCCGUUGCUUUUAGAACUGAAACAGCAAUCAGUCCCCCUGGCACGUCAUAAAACAUGUGAAAUGUAUGUUCCGAAUUCUGAAGCGCCGUCGCUGUUACAGUAAUGAUGGUGAAGUUUUGAGCAGGGUCAAAGAUUUGUUUGCGUCAUGCAUUUACAACCCCUUUAAGCACUCGCUGUGCUUGGGUGUUUAUUUGCAUGCCUGUAUGUGUACGUGCCUGUGCAUUCUCAGGGGCAUCCUCUUGUUCAAUUACUAUCAUUUAACAAAGCAGUCAUAGCAAUAAACUGUCAGGUAAAUUAGAGAGAGAUUUGUGUGGGGCUGCCAAUAAGGAUUGCUUAACACUGAGUAACCCUAUGUAUACUGUUACUGGUGAAUUGUUUUAUUAUAUGUAUUUUGGAGUAGCGUGUAUAAUGUCUGGAUUAUUAGUUAGUUUUUUUUUAGUGCAAGUUUACUAACAGAUACAUUUUCGUUUUAAACGGGUGAUCCCGAAGUUGCAGAGCUACGAACACAAGUUAGCGCAGAGUUUUAUCAGACAGUUUCCAGCACAGUUCAGGAUGAGAGCGUAUCUAUUUAAUAUCAUGUUUCUAUAAUAAUCACAAUGCCAGUGUGCUUGUUUUCGUAGCUCUGAAUCAUGCACUUGCUGGUGAAGGACAUUUCAUUUCAAUACUGCUUGAAGUCUUUGCUUUCUCUUUCCUCACAGGAGCGCUGAAAUGUGUCUCAGCAGUUUUGAAAAGCAUCAGUCGAUUUUAACUUCUAUGACUUAUUUUUCUAUGGUAAUUUGAUAUAUAUAUAUAUAUAUAAAUAAUGUGUGUGCGUGUGUGUUUAUAGUUUUGUGUAACUUGAGUGAUUUUGUUUGUAUCUGUGCAGGUGGGGUGUUCCUGUUAUUUGUAGUGGAGUUUGUUUUAGUUUGGAUGGGCUGUUACUUUGAGAUGUUAUUCAACAAUAAAGCUGAAAGGUCCAGAGUACAAAAUAAAAAGAUUU